AUGGGCUCGGAGAAAGACUCGGAGUCACCGCACUCUUCGCUGAGCGGCGUCCCCAACCCAAAGUGCCGAGUGGCUGGAAAACGUCGGCGCCGCAUCUCCUUCCAGAGCCUCUUCCACGGCAAACGGGGCUCUCGGGCGGCCAAAGGCGCUAAAGGAGGGGCUGCCACCCCACUAUCCCACCUUCACUACGCACAGCAGCAGCUUCUACCGUCGACUGCCUUGAGCCCGGCCGCCUUGGCGCCGCUUGCACCCGUGGCUACCAACGCCCCGGGCCCCGAGGACGUGGCCCCCGGCAGCCCCUCCGGGCAUCUUUCCUCCAGCCAAGCCUCCUUGGGCGGCGAGGCCCCUUCAGGGGACGGCGAUUUCCUGGAGUGCCCCCUGUGCCUGGUGCGCCAGCCGGCCGAGCAGCUGCCAGAGCUGCUGGGCUGCAGCCACCGCUCCUGCCUGUGCUGCCUGCGCCAGUACCUGCGCAUCGAGAUCACAGAGAGCCGUGUCCAGCUCAGCUGUCCCGAGUGCGCCGAACGGCUGGCGCCCCGGCAGGUGGCCGACAUCCUGGAUGACGCGGCCUUGCUGGAAAAAUACGAGGAGUUUCUGCUUCGCCGCUGCCUAGCCUCUGACCCCGACUGCAGGUGGUGCCCGGCGCCCGACUGCGGGUUUGCCGUGAUCGCCUCGGGUUGCGCCAGCUGUCCUCGGCUGGUGUGUCGGCGCGAGGGAUGCGGCGCGGAGUUCUGCUACCACUGCAAACAGGCCUGGCACCCCAACCAGACCUGCGAUUCCGCCCGGCAACAGCGGGCACAGUCGCUCCACACGCACAGCACCCACUCGCCAAGCUACACCCAGGAGCAGGGACCUGCGGACGACAUCAAGCCGUGCCCGCGCUGCGGCGCCUACAUCAUCAAGAUGAACGACGGCAGCUGCAAUCACAUGACGUGCGCCGUGUGCGGCUGCGAGUUCUGCUGGCUCUGCAUGAAGGAAAUCUCAGACCUGCACUACCUCAGUCCGUCCGGCUGCACCUUCUGGGGCAAAAAGCCGUGGAGCAGGAAAAAGAAGAUUCUGUGGCAACUGGGCACGCUAAUCGGCGCCCCCGUGGGCAUCACGCUCAUCGCCGGCAUCGCCAUCCCCGCCAUGGUCAUUGGCAUCCCCGUUUACGUCGGACGCAAGAUCCACGCUCAUUACGAACUGAAGAAGACACCUCGCCACCGCAGGAACUUGGCCAUCACGGGCGGCGUCGCCUUGUCCAUACUUACCGCACCCGUCAUUGCGGCCGUCAGCGUUGGCAUCGGCGUGCCCAUUAUGUUGGCGUACGUUUACGGUGUGGUCCCCAUCUCGCUGUGCCGAGGAGGCGGCUGCGGCGUGAGCAGAGGAAAGGGUCGGGGAGUUCGAAUCGAUUUUGAUGAGGACGACGGACCGAUUACAGUUGCAGAUGCAUGGCGAGCUCUUAAAUCACCAAGCUUGGGUGAGAGCAGCCUAGAUGGCGCGGCGAGCGGUCUGAGCACCACCUCCCCCAGCGAGGGGCUCUCGGUGGUGCCGGGGACAGUGGGGGACACGCCCCACUUCAACACGCUAGCCAGUGGCGCUCUAGGGGCCCGCACUGGCAAAUACAGCAGGCUGGAAGUCCAGACAGCGGAGUUGGCCAAGGAGUCGGCCCAGAAGGAGACGGGCAGCUUGGGGGCGGGCAGCGACUGCGCUAGUACGCGGGGGAUGGCCGGCUCAAUCAUCUCUUCUUACACGCUGCCUGAUAGGGAGUGCACUAAUCUGGAAAUCCAAGUGGACAUCGAGACCAAACCCAGCCAUCUCUGCCUGACCAGCGAGGAGGACCUGACUCCGGCUGUGGCCGCGGCGAGCGUUUCGGGAGCGGAGGAGCCCCUGGACUGCAGCUCCAGACGAGGUGGCGCGCCGGGACUGUCGCCGGGCGGAUCGGUGCGUGACGUCACCUUGGCCCAGCCGGAGAGCAUCCGCAGCGACCUGGAGAUGUCCGACACGCAGUCGGACGACAUCGCCGAGCUGACGUCGGACGACUGCGACUCGCCCAGGCCAAAGGGACCUCCACCCGCGCGGGCGGGCUCAUGCCGGGCCCUGAGCACUCCCGCCGAAGGCCUUCGCUGUCCCGCCGACGCCAACGUCGUCCUGUACGUGUGA